GCGCAGUACUGACUUCAUCGUUUUUGGUGGUGAUGGGCAGAACUUGCUACCCAAUUUGUUUGAUCAAAAGAGUUGGGUUUCUGUGCUGUAAAUGGCGGCUAACAUCUGUUGCUCCAUUGAAAUGGAGCCUAAGACCUUGAAUCAAGGACAACUUAACCGUGCCAGGGAAGUGGCUGCAGAUGUUGUUCAGAAAAUGGAACCAAAUGAAGCUUCCAUUGUAUUCAUUGAUCAGGGAUCAUUAUCGAGGCCAUUGGUUCCAGGAAAUGAUAUUGAUGCAGAUGAUCAGAGAAAAGUAUUGGAAGAGGGAAAGCAGCUACUGUACAAGCCUGUUGAGUGCGAGGAGAUGAAGACGACUCACAUUAUGGGAAGACCUUGUCAAUGCUCCUGCAUGGCUACUAUGGUUAGCGUAGAAUCCCCGGAUCAAGUGGGGCUCAGAGAACCGCUCUCAGCCCCAUUUUAAAACUUGUUAUGAUAUGAUCAUAUAAUGUUAAUGGUGUUUGGUGUGUCCAUCAUUCUUAUGUACAGUAAUAAAUCAUGAUGUAAGAUACAGUACUACUACGUACGUACGUACUGCAAUAAAACCAUAUUUCAUUAUA